UAUUUACGCCAGCUAAAUGACAACGGAAAUGUUUUACAGAUUAUUGCGACCUGAUGAGGAUCCUACUUUAGGCCUCUUUGCGAAAAACCAAUUUUCUGACGUCAUCAGUGUCGAAGAUCAUGUGACUAAUAGAUCACAAGCGGGAUACGCUUCGCGAUACAUUUCCUGUUGCAAGACAUGGGAUGCAGUCAGAGAUUUUGCUGCUAAUACGUAUACAAGUCCAAAAAGGAUUGUACAGACAACCAUAAAAUAUCCAACAAUCCAAACAAUAGAUUUGACGGAUCCAAAUAAUCAACUCCUUUAUUUCCCACACAACCAAAGAGCAAUAAAUAAUGUCAAUCGUUUUCAGGAGGUGUUGAUCCUGGACCACGUUCCUCCAGAUUGCAUUUCCAACAUCAUGGUUUUACCCUUAUAAAGCCGACUUACAUGCAAUAUUUGGCACUAACGUUAUAGAAGAUUUGCCAUACUUUUUGUCAUGUUUCGAUUUGCAAUGUGUUGUAACUUAAUUAUGAAAUAAUCAUUAAAUUUUGUAUUUAGUUUUUGCAAGUGACAAAACAAUUAUGACGCAAUUUAUUAUGACACAGUGUAAACGUUUUAAACGACUGGAAAUAAUGAUUAUUGUCAUUUAAAAUAAUACUUUGUAUAAUGUUCAAAAUACUGAUGAUUAAAUGGUCAUUGUAAUAAAAUACAUGUACAUGCAUGUUGAAAUAAAUAUCAUUUUAAUAAAUUAAUAACUAACGCACGUGCAAUGUUAAUUUUAGUCCUUAUACUAUUUAGCUAGUGUUCUUAUUAAACUUUGAUGUACGUAAAUGCUUUGUGCAAUGCUAUAUUGUUUUAUGAAGGAACUUUAACAUUGAAAUUAAUAUAAAAAUCUUUGAGAACAUUUUCAAAUUGAAACGGGUAUAAUUAUUACUGGAUUAAGAUCCAACUCCUCAAUAUUUGUAUAAUUUGAUCGAACCUUAUCGUCCACGAAAUCCUUCCUUUAACCUCAGAACUAAUGAUGCAGAAUUAGAUUUCCUCCAAUUAGAACUAAAUUAUAUUAUACAAGGAAGGUUUCCUUACAUCAACAGUAAAACAGUGGAAUGCCUUGCCUGACGCAUUUUCCUCGAAUUCAAAAUCAAAUUUUGUAUUUUGUAAACUCUGAAUUAUUGGUAACAGGUGGUUCUGUCCAGACUUUUAAGACUGGACGAAGAUCUGAAUGAAGGCCUCUUUGCGAAACACCCAUUUUCUAACGUCAGUGUAGAAGAUCACGUGAAUUAUGGGUCUGGAGGAUCUGAAUCACGAAUUAUUUCGUGCUGCUAGUCAUAUUCAG